ACAGCUGCUAUUGGAUUUUUGGCUGUUUCCAGUGUCAUCACUAUGUCUGCCCCUUUUUUCUUGGGGAAAGUUAUUGAUGUCGUUUACACAAAUCCAACCAGUGAACUUGCAGAGAACCUAUCUACACUCUGUGCCUUAUUAUCUGGAAUAUUUAUGCUUGGUGCCGCUGCCAAUGGAAUACGUGUCUACCUCAUGCAGAUUUCAGGGCAAAGAAUUGUGAACCGUCUAAGAGCGACAAUAUUUUCUUCUCUUUUGAAACAAGAAGUAGGUUUUUUUGACAAAACCAGCACUGGAGAGCUGAUUAAUCGCUUGUCUUCAGACACAGCUCUCUUGGGCCGUUCAGUCACUGAAAACCUUUCGGAUGGGUUAAGAGCUGCAGGACAGGCCUCAGCUGCUAUCGGCAUGAUGUUUUUUGUGUCUCCCAAACUUGCUACAUUCGUCCUGACUGUAGUACCAUCUCUGGCUGUCAUAGCUGUGAUUUAUGGAACGUAUUUACGAAAACUGGCUAGAAUGACACAAGAUUCCCUUGCAGAAGCCACACAGUUAGCAGAAGAACGGAUUGGAAAUUUAAGAACAGUUCGAGCUUUUGGGCAUGAGUUAACUGAAAUGGAAAAAUAUGAGAACAAGAUUCAGUAUGUGCUACAAUUGGCCAAAAAGGAAGCAAUAGCUCGAGCAGGAUUCUUUGGAGUAACGGGGUUAUCGGGCAAUUUGAUUGUGCUUUUUGUUCUCUACAAAGGAGGAUUACUGAUGGGUGGUGCCCAUUUGACUGUUGGUGAACUGUCUUCUUUCUUAAUGUACGCUUUCUGGGUUGGCAUAAGCAUUAGAGGAUUAAGCUCUUUUUAUACUGACUUAAUGAAAGGUUUGGGAGCAGGAGGGCGUCUGUGGGAACUUAUUGAUCGAAAGCCACAACUACCUUUUAAUGAGGGAACAGUAUUAAGCCAGGAUGCUUUCAGAGGUGCUCUUGAGUUUAAAAAUGUCAAGUUUGCAUAUCCAACACGUCCAGAAACAUUGAUUUUUCAAGACUUUUCUCUCAGCAUGCCUGCAGGCUCUGUCAUGGCCCUAGUAGGCCCCAGUGGAUCUGGCAAAUCGACAGUUGUAUCUCUUCUCCUGAGGCUUUAUGAUCCCCUCUCAGGAAGUAUUACUGUUGAUGGGGUUGAUAUCUGUCAGCUAAACCCACUAUGGUUCAGGACUAAUAUCGGAACAGUAAGUCAGGAACCCACUCUGUUCUCAUGCUCUAUUGCUGAAAACAUAGCCUAUGGUGCAGAGGACCCAUCCACAGUAAUUCCUGCAGAAAUUGAGAGAGUUGCCAAAAUUGCAAAUGCUUUUAAUUUUAUCCAAAAUUUUCCACAAGGAUUCCAUACCUUAGUUGGAGAAAAAGGUGUUCUUCUCUCUGGUGGGCAGAAGCAGCGAAUUGCAAUUGCUCGAGCUCUUCUGAAGAAUCCCAAAAUUCUUCUUCUUGAUGAAGCAACAAGUGCUUUGGAUGCUGAAAAUGAGUAUCUUGUCCAAGAAGCAUUGGAUCGACUGAUGGAAGGCAGAACUGUUCUUAUUAUUGCACAUCGACUCUCCACCAUUCAGAAUGCUAAUUCUGUUGCAGUUCUGGACCAAGGCAGAAUAGUUGAGUGUGGAAAGCAUGAAACACUGCUUGCAAACCCAAAUGGACUUUUCAGCAAAUUAAUGAAAAAACAGUCUUUUAUCCAAAAUAUUGAACAUUUUGCAUCUAAUUGAAAAAUAUCCUUUUUUAAAAAAGGAAUGAAAAGGUAUAACUAGGGAAGAAAAAUGUAAUAUUUCCAAGAAUUUAAAUUAUGUUUCAAUAAAUGUGUUGUAUAUAUUUUUCAGUGUACUUCAGAUAUUUGCAAAAAUUUAUUAUCUUAAGCUUUUUAUUCAAAGCAUUUAAGUAAUUAUAUUGUGGUGCAAUCCAAGAGUGUAUUGUUUUUAAGAUUCUACAGUUGCUAUGUGAUUAAUGCAGGGAUAGAUAUACUUUCCAGACCCAGGUGCCGUUGUAUAACUUGGUUACCUCCUUCCCAAAUCAAAGAAAUUUAAGAAGUUUGACAAGUUUUUGUAAAGGAUCUACAUGGGAGUACAGUAAGUACCAUACUGCUAAUCCCUAGAUUAAUGGAUAUAUCACGAGUGCUUGCAGAAUUUAAUUUUAUGAUUUGGCAGCCUACUUUGAAUUUUCAGCUAGUUUAUUUUCACCCCAAAUAUCUUUUCAUACUUUGUCUUCCUAUUAAAUCAUUAUGAUUUUCAUAAUUUUAUCAUUACUAUGAAGACAAACUGGAUUCACAAAAACAAAAACCCUCAUGUUUUGGUCAACAUUAAGGCAAAGAAGAAUAUUAUUAGUCAAAUACAUUCUACCACAUAUCUGCUGUUAAAAUAUUUGAUUUCUUUAGGUUCCUGACUGUGUAUCAAGAAAUAACUUAUCCAGCAUAUUAUGUUUUGCUGAUGGUAUCUUGAUGUAUGUUUGUCUUUUGUCUUUCAAACCACUCUAUUCCAUUUUCCCUUCCCCUUUUUAAAAUGAUUAGUAUUUUGUAGCACAGAAAACAUAAGACAUGUUCUCUUUGAGGACUCUUCCCCUUUAAGGGAAAACAACAAUACUUUAAAAAUUAAUUUUAAUUACUGGCAAAUUACUGGUCAGUCUGUUGCUAUCUAGCCAAUCUACUGAUAUAUAUAAAUAGUUAGUUUACUCAUACAGAACCCAUACUGCUUCGCACCAUAUGCACAGAUGGAGGGAAAGGAUCAUCAAUAUUAUAUUUUCAAUAGUAUUCAGCUAAACAUGGGUAAGAAAGUGGGAAGUGAUAGUAUUACUUAACGUGCCACCAGUAACACACAAUGAGUUGAACUUAGAAUUCACUGAAUGAUCUAAUAAAUGUAUAAAAUGGAAGUAUUGUAGAUAAACCAAAGAUAUGAUAAGUGUUCAAAGAAUAUUAACUGCAAGAAACGUAUUCCCAUAAUUUCACUUUAUAUUCGGUUGAUAUGAUGGUAUACAGUACUGUCUUAUAUAAUGACUUCUCUCUAAAUUAACUUAUCAAAGGUUGAUUCCAAAAUGUCAUAGUUACAUUUUCUAAGUAAGUUGAAGUCAUGAAUCAUACUGAGAGAAGGGGAAAAAAUGAUGUAGCUCUAAAUGCACAUAUACAAUGGGUUGAAGUCAGAUUAGAUUAGAAAUUAGAAAACUUAUCUAUUGGAUGCCCAAAAGCUGUCCCCAAGUUUUUCCAAAAAAAUUUCUGCAAGCAAACAACCAAGUUCAGACAGCACCAAGGACCCCAUGAAUAUAAUACUAUUGAUUAGAACAAAAUGGAAAUUUCACGGAACUUUCUUUCCAUGACAUUUCCAUUGUUGGAAUGUUGGUAUAUAAAUGAAACUUUUCACAAUUUUCACAAAUUAUGAUGCUGAUCAUGAUGAUCAAUUAUUUUGAAGAAAUUUGGUUAUUUUCACAUUAAUUUCAAAUAUUGUAGAAAAACUCCUGGAUUUUUUCUUCACUAACAGACUUCAUUAUCAUUGGUUCCUCCAAUUUAGUGACACAUAAAGUUGAAAUUGUAAUGAUUUAUGUUCCAUUCAAGUGGCCAUAAGGGCUAUAAUUGGCAUCAUGCUUAUGGCUCUGUAGUUUUUUUCUCAAUUGUCUUAAUGUUAUUUAACUGAUCAGAACAAAAAUAGUUUUUUAGUCCUACAAAGAAUCAGUUCUUUAUCAUUCUUAAUUCCUGGUUCCCAGGGGAUACACAGUGGGAUAAUGAAGUAUUUAGUAAUGCAGUCUAAAAGCAAGCUUAUCUAAUUUUGAUAUAAAGAACAUUUUUGUACUCUUUGUUCCCUAGUUCUUGUCAGUAAUAUUUUGUAUAACAAUAAAAUGUA